CGUAGCUGUCAAUAGUGUCAACGGUGUCAAGCAAGGAGGAAGGGCUGUUUGUGCUGUUUUCGUGACUUCAAUAACAAACAAAUUAACGGUCAACAAUGCCACCAGUGGACGUCGAAGCACCCGCUAUGGAAAACCAAAUCCGAAACUUGAUUUUGUCAGGGCAUGUUGGAUUCGAUAGCUUACCUGACCAACUGGUCUCGAAAAGCGUACAAAACGGCUUUGUUUUCAAUAUCAUGUGCAUAGGUGAAACAGGCUUGGGCAAGUCUACCUUAAUGGACUCUCUUUUCAAUACAAACUUCGAGGCUGUCCCAAGCCCGCACACGUUACCAACAGUUAAACUAAAAGCCCACACGUACGAACUACAGGAAAGUAACGUUAGGUUAAAAUUAACAAUUGUCGAUACCGUGGGAUACGGCGACCAAAUCAAUAAAGAAGACAGUUUUAAAGCAAUUGUUGAUUACAUUGACGCCCAAUUUGAGAACUACCUCCAAGAAGAAUUAAAAAUAAAACGCUCUCUUUCAUCUUACCAUGACACACGGAUUCACGUUUGUCUCUAUUUUAUUUGUCCAACGGGACAUGGCUUGAAGUCUAUAGAUUUAGUAUGCAUGAAAAAACUCGACCAAAAAGUAAAUGUUAUUCCGAUUAUUGCUAAAGCGGACACCAUUUCCAAAACCGAACUGCAAAAAUUCAAGUCCAAGAUUGUUGGGGAACUCCAAAAUAACGGUGUGCAUAUUUACGAGUUUCCAGUCGACGACGAGUCUGUUUCUGAGGUAAACAGUACGAUGAAUUCCCAUAUACCUUUUGCUGUAAUUGGUAGUACCGACUUCGUUCGUGUGGGUAAUAAGAUGGUACGGGCACGGCAGUACCCUUGGGGUACCGUACAAGUAGAGAACGAAUCUCAUUGUGACUUUGUCAAGUUGCGAGAGAUGUUAAUUCGGACGAAUAUGGAGGACAUGAGAGAAAAAACUCACUGUAGACAUUAUGAACUAUACAGGAGGAAGCGUUUGGAACAGAUGGGUUUCAGCGAUGUGGAUGCUGAUAAUAAGCCAAUCAGUUUUCAGCAAACUUUCGAGGCAAAAAGAUCGAAUCAUUUACAAGAGUUGCAGCAGAAAGAAGAUGAAAUGAGACAGAUGUUUGUCGUUCGUGUAAAGGAGAAGGAAGCCGAAUUAAAAGAAGCAGAAAAAGAGUUACAUGCGAAGUUUGAUAAAUUGAAGAAGGACCACACGGACGAAAAGAAGAAAAUUGAAGACAGCCGUAAGAAACUCGAAGAUGAAAUAGUCGAAUUCAAUAGACGCAAAGCUCAGUACCAACAAAUGGGUACCAGUCACCACACUCUAACUUUAGGCAAAAGUAAGAAGAAAUAAGGAGUCAUGUUUUAAAAAUGUUUAUUAUAUUAAGACAGUUUUAAAGAUUUAUAUCAGUUUAUAAUGUUCUUUUAAUUAGGUAAUUUUAAACAUAUUUGUUAGGUCUGCCUGUUUGUGCUUGAUCUGUGUAUUUAAAAAAAUAUUUAUUAUGCAAAUAUUACAACUAUAAACCAAAGUAUUUAAGUACAGCGAAAUUGUGUAGUUUAAGCACCUCAUUUUUUUAUGUAUUGCGUUUUUAUAUUUUUUACGACUAAAAUAUAAUUUUAUAUUGCA